AUGGCACGCUGGCAGAUUUCACUUGACAUGAUGGACGAGGAGCGACGCCAGCUCGUCGACUUCUCAGAGUGCAAGCAUUCACUACGAUCUCAGCUCGCUUUUCUGGCCAAGUCAGACAGAUACAGAUCUCGCGCCAAGGAGCUCUAUAAUACAGUGCAUGAGAGAUAUGGUCCUUUGAUUGCGGCUACGUUUAGAGAAAGACUAGUUAGCAGCUCCUCAGAAUAUCUUUCGGCAACCCCAGUAAUAACUGGUAUUGUGAUUACCAUGUCAGCUGAAACUGAGUUCUUCACAGAUCCUCUCAGUUACAUAGAUGUACCUCGGUCACAAGGGCACUCACGACAUAUAUCUAACGGGUCCACGUCUACGCUCCUGUCGGAUUCUGAGUACUCGCGAGAUUUGGACACCUCAUCCGAAGAGCUUGACGAAGCAUAUAAUAAUGGUUCCCGCUUAACGAACUCGCAUAACAAAAACGUUCGAGAUGACACUGAUACGGCUCUCUCAGCUCGAAGACAAGGCACCAUCAAUAGCGGCGGUCCGAACUGUGAUGAACCUAUUCGUGACAGGACCACAACCACAAACUCCCGUCCGUCUGGCGAUGGCACUAUACCGCAGAUCAACGCACAGUGCGGUCAAUACAGCUCGUCACAACACAGCAGGGCUCAGCCAGCAAUUGAUGACAUGAUACGAAGAGACGCGUCCAUCUCUCCACUAGAGGUACUCUACAGCACACAACCCUCCAUGGACAUCCGGCUACCUUCGUCCCUACGGAGCCAUCUGACUUCUGGAACGGCAUUCGAGGAGCAUUCAUGUCACCUCGCUACCAACAGCGCCUCUGGCAGUCGCUACCGAAGCGCCAUUGAUCACCAACAGAAGAUGACAUACUUUCGUUCCAUCGGUUCAGUGGGUCGGGCCCCGACAUCACUACCUAUCGACGACUCUGACAGCUCUCUUGGCCAUAUACUUCCGGAUGAGCAACGCGCAAUAGCACUUGCAUCUUGCGAUUGGGAUCUGGUGGUGAACGAAACGGAGACAAAAAAAAACCGUCCGAGCGAGAGCGGAAACUCCCUCAAGUGUACAAUCUCAGCGAAUAGAUUGGAAGCGCAAAAGCGCAAGGAUUCUUACAGAGUUUGGAGCGAAGACUAUAUGGGCAAGACCACCACCCUUGGUCAACUUCCGAACCCUUCCAAAAAAGCCAACGUGGACUAA